AAAAAAAAAUCUCAUAAGCACCGUGCACAGGCUGCAGGAGGAAGUGUGCGUAAAAGGUCCCGCCCGGCUGCCAACCCACGCUGAAAACGCACGACUUCUGCCGGACUCGGCUGCGUCCGGGGAGCACACUGAGGAGCCAUGGCGCUGGUCAGCCUGUGCGCACUGGCCCCGGCGGUGCUCCGGCAGGUGGAGCCGGUCAUCGCGCUGGAGCAGCUGGGCAACACCCUGUUCGACACCGCGCUGCUGAUGGUGGCGAGGGACCGCUCCGCCAACGCCACCUACGCCGGCGUGUCCAGGGAGGCCGGCCAGCAGAAGGCCAUCACGGACUUCUACAUGAGCUACAGCCUCAUCAUCCGGCUGACCCCCAUCGUCCCCUCGCUGCUCCUGGGCAGACUGAGCGACCGCGGCUGGAGGAGGGCGCCCGUGGUGGCUCCCCUGUGCGGGUACCUAAUGUCCAGGCUCUUCCUGCUGCUGGUGGUCAUUUUCGGCCUCCCGCUGGAGGUCAUGUACGGGGCGGCGGUGGUGUUCGGGCUCUCCGGGGGGUUCGGCGCCUUCUGGUCCGGCGUGAUGACGCUGGUGUCGCUGCGCUCCGCGCCGGCAGACCGAUCCAAGGUGAUGAUGAGGGUGGAGCUGCUGUACGGGUCAGCGGGCCUGGUGGCCAGCUUGGUGUCGGGCCAUCUGUUCCAGCUGUACACUUCCAGUCUGGGACACGGGACCAUCCUGCUCAUCGUGAGCACCCUGCUGCACCUGCUGUGCCUCCUACUGGCCACCGCUCUGCUGGAGGUGAAGGAAGUGUGCCCAGAAGAGCCAAACGAGGACUACCACCUCCUCUCCUCCUCUUCCUCCUCCUCAUCCUCCUCUUGUAAUUCUCUGGUCCCGGAGGGCCCUGCCGGGAUAAACAGGGUCAACCUGGUUCUGCUGUUUUUGACCGCCUUCCUGUACGACUUCGCAGUGGGCGGGGCCAUCAACAUUUUGGGCUCUUUCGUGCUGAAAUCACCACUCAGCUGGAGCGCCACGCAGGUUGGGUAUGGGAACGCGGCGGGUUGUCUGAUCUUCUUCACCAGUUUCGUCGGGGUGAUGGUGUUCCGCCGCUGUCUCAGCGACGUGACCAUGAUCCUGAUGGGCAUGCUGUCGUUCGCCUCGGGCAUCUACGCCAUGGCCUUCGUCAGGACCACCUCCAUGUUCUACCUGGCUCGUUCGCUUAACCUGUUUGCACUCAUCCCAAUGCCGACUAUCAGGUCUCUGGUCUCACAACAGGUCCCAGCAUCCUCAUGUGGCAUCACCCUCACCUGCCUGCAGUUGACUCUGAAGGUUGCUGGCUUGGCGUACAUCCCCGCUUACACUAAGAUCUAUCAGAAGACCCUGGACUGGAUCCCUGGCUUCGUCUUCCUGUUGUCCAGCAUCAUCACAGUAUUCGGGAUGAUACCCAUCAGCGUCGUAGGCUGCCGGAGGGCUCGGAGGCAACGCUGCGAGGGGACUCAGGGAGACUGACUCAGCAACGCCGGCCACCACUGACUUCAUGUUUGCACAAGGCGGGCAGGAACCGAUACUUGACCAGGUCAAGACGGGAACGGUGCCUUUUUGAUUUCACUUCCUCCACUGAUAAACUGACGCUUUGAGCUGUUGCAAAACAAACACAAGGCAGUGAAUCAUGUUUUUAUGAAUGUUUCAAUGAGUGACGUGCCGGAAGGCCCCUGCCGACAAAGGACAGGUAGAGAAUGGGUACUUUGCAAAACUAUUCGAGCAGAUUUCAUAGAGUAAAUGACUUCAUCAGGCGGGUCAAACUGUGUUAACUUAUCUCAGGGAGUCAUUUACACAAAAACAAAACACCCACAGAUAUUGCAACACUUUGAGA